UCAGUCUCUUGGGUGUAUGUGCAAGCUUUAUAUAGUGUGUUGCCUCUUGCAUUGAGCAAUAAAACGUGUGACUACAGUUUGGUGCAAGUUAUUGGCUGUAAAAUGACUCCAUUAGGACUCAUCUUGGUCUCAUCAGCACUGCUGGCUGGGGUCUACGCUGCAGGGCCACAAUUAUUAAGAGUUACAACCAUCAAGGAAGAACCAUAUGCAAUGUCCAAAGGCUCUGAACUGGAGGGCUUCUGCAUUGACCUGCUGUCAGCCAUCUCCAAGAAAUUUGAUUUUAAGUAUGAUAUUAAGCUUGUUAAGGACAGCCGUUAUGGAACAACAGAUGACAGCGGCAACUGGAACGGCAUGAUUGGAGAAGUUGUCAGAGGGGAAGCAGACAUCGCUGUGGCACCUCUAACUCUUACUGCUAAACGCGAGACAGCUGUGGACAUGACCAAACCCUUCAUGCAGACGGGUCUUAGUUUCAUCCUGAGGAAAGACAUCGCUUCUGAUGACUCGCAGUUACUCAGCUUUCUAAACCUGUUCUCCACUGAGGUGUGGAUGGGUGUACUGGUCGCCUACCUGCUGACCUCCGUCUGCAUCUUCUUAGUGUCGCGAAUUAGCCCGUCUGAAUGGGAGCAACCAGAGACAGAAAAUAAUUUCUUCACGCUUUCACACAGUUUUUGGUAUACUGUAGGAGCACUGACUCUUCAAGGUGCUGGUCCUCACCCCAGGGCUCUUUCGGGACGGGUCAUUACCUCUAUCUGGUGGCUGUUUUCAUUAGUGCUGCUUGCAUGUUUCUUUGCCAACCUCAGUUUAUGGCUACAUUCAGACAACCAGCAACAGUCAAUCAAGAGCUUUGAAGACCUCGCUAAUCAAAACGUGAUUGAGUAUGGCACCAUUAAAGAUUCUUCCUCUUUUGCCUUCUUCAAGAACUCGAACAACCCCACGUACAAAAGAAUCUAUGAGCACAUCAAGAAUGCCCAGAGCUAUUCACUCAAUGCAGAAGAAGGUCUCCGCAAGGCUCAGAAAGGCAACUAUGCUUUCAUCGGCGAAUCCGUGUCCCUUGACCUGGCAGUGGCGAGAUACUGUAACCUCACUCGCGCCCCUGAAAUCAUCGGCAUGAGGGGGUACAGCAUCGCUGCUCCUUUAGGCUCCCCUUUGGUAAAAAACCUAAGUGUUGCCAUUCUGCACCUGAGUGAGUCUGGUGAGCUGGAUUAUUUGCGCAGUAAGUGGUGGGCCAGCAGCUGUAUUGCAAUAAAUGGCAAGAGUGCUCCACUGAAACCCACCAGUCUGAAGGGAAUCUUCUUAUUACUGGCACUCGGUCUGGGACUGGGGCUUUUCUUGGCUCUGAUGGAACUGGCCGCCAAAUCACGCAAAGUCGCUAACACACAGAAGAAGUCCUGCUGCUCUGUGAUGUGUGCUGAACUCAGUCAGCGCUUCAGAAGCGGAGAGCCGACGACAGCCGAAUCCUCUGAGAAACACUAAGCCUAAAGAGCAAAGCCCCAACAAAGCACUGACAGAUCCACAUUUAAUCACUUAAUGUUCAGUACGUCCACAAAACAGCUAUUAACUACUAACACAACUGGGAGUGUGAAAACAUUUUAUUUGUUGUGCAUAUUUCAAAACCAUGUGUGAUGUGGUGUGGGGGGGUCCUGUACACCAUUGAUUGGGGGGAGGGGGGUAUAGUAUUAACCAAAAGAUUGAGAAUGCCCUAGAUUCUGACCAAACUGAAACAUUCAACCUGCUCAUUUCUAGAUUACUAAGAUCAACACUUUUUCUGUUUUAAUAGUAGAACAAUGUGUGCCAUGAGUUAAACUGUGAUAUUACUAAAUUUUUUGAGAGAAUUGCAUACAGUUUGAACAUUUCCCUUUAUUUCUAUUAUAAUUAAAUGAUGCAUGCAAAAUUUCUCCCAUGACUAACUAUAUAUACACACAGUACCCUGAAAAAGCCCAAUUCCUUAUUUUGGGUGUCAUUGUUUUAUUGUAGAGAAUGUUCUUAACCAAAAUAAAAAGCUAAAAUAUGCUGUUUGCAUAUUUAAUACUUGUUACAGUAAUAUUUUUUGUGUAUCAAUGAUUGCACCUUUAAUCAUUUUUACCAGUCUUUUGGACUAAGUUUUCUAGCUCUAUAUGUUCUUAACAGAUUUGCUCCAUGUUUUUGGAGGGUUAGUGAGAGGUAACUUCAAAACAUGCCACAGAUUUCUCCAUGAGAUCAUUUUUUGACCAUUGCUACAGUAUUCACCUUGAUAUUCACCUGUUUUGUUUCUGAACCACUCCUGCGUUUAUUCAAUGUUUGGGAUCAACUUCUUUGCAAGCUUCAAUUCUGUAGCCAAAUUAAACAGGCUUUCUUGCAGUA